CUUUCAUUCACUUCGAUACAUGUCAAGCAAAAUUAAGAAGGAAAGCAAAAUAAUCGUCGUUUAUAUUUUAUUUCAUCAACGUUAAGAAAGUGUACUUCUUAUCAGGAUUUUUCAAAUACCUAAUAAUUAGUAAGCUUGUAUUCAAAUAAUCAUGAUACGUUACGUGAUUGCCUUGUUUUUGAUAAAUACGUAUUCAAGUAGUUUAGGGGCGCCCGCUGUUCUACAAACCUCAUCAACCACAAUAGCCAAUUUACUAAAUAGUCUAGGCAAAAAUUGUGGAAACCUUUUCAUAAAGUCUCAAAUAGAAAUGGCACUACAAAAUUGUUCGAAUCCAGAUCAUAACACGCAAUAUCAGUGUUUAAUAUUUUAUGAUAUAAAUAGUCAGCUUUGCUCUGCCAUCAACAAAACCAAGAAUUUUGAUUUGAACGAAGAAGAAUUUUUAAUCCAAGUGAAAAAAGUUUUCGAUGUAAAUGAUUUGUGUAAUUAUGCUCAUAAUUGGACAUUUUCGAGUAAUUAUGGCAUGAAUGUGAGUUUGUCAUCAGUAUUCCAGGACCCAGUGAAAUGUGAAAAGUUGUGUGGAGUUUAUGACGUUUUCAGCUUAGAUACCAAUGAGUUUUGUAAAUAUUUCAACUGGGGCUGGAAAAAAUUGAACCCCCUUAAAAAAACAACAUCACAAAGCAUUCUAAAUAAAAGUCCUGUAGGAGCAAAUUCACAGGAAGUGAACAAUACAGAGACAGGUCAAAGAGUUACGAGUGGAAUAUCUGAUAAACAACCACCUACCUUAAACCAAAAUGAAGAGCAAGACCUAAGCGAUAUAGAAGUACCAACAUCAUCAAAAUCUUCUGAAGCAAAUUUGGCACAAACAUUACCAACUGUUACUAUUGUUAGCACUAAUGUACCCAGCCAGGGACUCAAAACAAUUGAAAAUGCAAAACAGAGUUCUGAUAAUGUUGCUCAUAAACCUGAAACUAUAAAUACAAAAUCUAAUGUAACAUCUCAGCUUAAACCUCAACCAGUUCAAAGUCAUAAGAUUGAGGAUGAUAAUGGAGAGGAAAGUUUUGCAAAUGAAAUGGAUGCAGAUGAUGAAGACAAUGUAGAUGAUAGUGACUUGGCUGAAAAUCCUAUCGUUCCUAAAGAAAUUCAAACUGCUGAAUUCACUCACAAAGAGUUUUAUUCACCUGAAUUGACUCCAGAGGAUGAUCACUUCUUCCCGUUCUUCUUGACAGCAAUAGUUCUUGUGGUCUUGGUCUACAUACUUUAUCAUAAUAAAGGCAGAGUUACGAAAGUUAUCCUCGGCCUGAUAGUGGAAGGGCGUCAGAGCGGCCGCCGCCGCAACAGCCGCGGUCACGCCUACCGCCGCCUCGACACCCUGGAGCAGGCGAUGAGCGGGAACCUCUCCGCGCAACCCAGCAAGAUUAUAUACUAAGAGCCCGGCUCCAUCGCUCCGUUGCGGCGGCGUAGCGUGCGUCGUUUUCCAUUUUUGAUUUCGAUGUGAGUUGGCGUACGUCGACGGAUUUUAAUAAAAUGUGGUACACAGUUUCACUAUAUUGGUUUUAAAGUGUUAAAAGUAUUUCAAAGAAAAAUGUAAAGAUUGUAUAUAUUGACACCUAAACAAGGUAUAUAUUACGGAAACAACAGCCUUAGCAAGGCUAGUUUAGUGUGAAAUGACGCGCGACGCUAUCGCCAAUUGCAUAUAGUUUUUUACAAAGCUUAAUGUCAUAGUGACAUGUCAGUUUAAACUUGACAAGUCCUACUACAAAAUAUUGUCUAUAAAUAUAACAGCUCAACUAUUAUGCGACCAUUUCAAAUGUAGACAGAGAAAACUAGACAUCGUCUUAUUUCCCAUUUCGCUAAUACAAGAAAGAGGAACAUGUAGAAAAUGUACGAGGAGAAACGGGACAGAACGCUAAUAUCUUUUGCCCCUUAUCGCGUGCCACCUAAAAAGGUGGUAUUACUAGUCUUGAAAACAAGACUAGUAAUACCGGAUAGUCGUAAAAUUUGUGUGAAAUAGUUCUAUCUCAUGUGGCUUACCUUGUCUAUAGAUUUCUCGGUGUAUGAUUUAAAAUACGUUCGAAUGAGGGUUUCAAGUUUUUAUUUUUUAAUUUCUUCGGAUGCUAAUAAGUUUAGUGAGUGUUAACUUUAUACAUUGUUUUUUUAAGGCUGUAGGUAACGAAAUCUCGAACUCGCUUGUGAUAUUGAUUAGGAAAUGUAUUGAGGUUAUAUUUAUUUGUUAUAAUUAUUUAAUAAACUUGACCAAAAGUUGUCUUGUUCUAUCUACUAAGCAUACAAUGAAAAUUUGUCAAUCUGACUCUAUUUUAACAAAUAACAUUGCUAGAACAAUACGAAUAACUAGUCCUAGAAAUGAUAUAGUUUUUAUAUUUAGAAUUAAAUAAAAAUAAAUUAUUGAAGAAAGUGACUGCCAUAAUAUGAAACGUUGCUCUGGUAAUUUGAUAAGGAAUAUUACGCUAAAAUCGGCCCAGAUGACAUAAACGCAAAGCCGUUGCCAUGAUGCACAAGUCAACAGCAUCAGUCAUGCUGUAAAAACUGUUAUUGUCAAUGUCAAAAUACGCUGUCCUACAUUUUGGCGUAUUCAAUAUUCAGCCAUACCAUAUAUUUUAAACGUUCCAGACGUUUAAAAUAUAUGGCAUUUUCCUGGCUUUUAUUCAUGGCAAUAAAUAAAGAUUGUAAAUAAUAAAUAAACUAUGCAAUAAACUCCCCUCAGUGGUGUAUCCUAAUAGUUUCGAGAUCGGGACGCAUCGGUUUGCUGAGGGCGAAGUAUAUGUAGGUUUGCACUUUACUUCUCAUUAUCGAAUCACAAUGUGAUUGGUUCGCUGCGUCUCACUUCGAAUCGAUUCGAUGGUGAGAAGUGAAAUGCAAACCGGCACUAAACGUGCUACACUUGACCAAAAGUUUACAUGGGCUGCAGUGUUUGCUUACCAUCUGGCAACCCGCAUACUCGUUUACCCACUUUACUGUAAAAAAGUUAUGCCUCUACCUUUUUAAUAUCACAAGUAAGUCACGGAUUUUCAACGAACUAUUUGUUUGCCAUUGCGAUACCAAAUAGAAUGGAUACAAUCAAGAUUGGUUGAUAAACACCCAGUGUGGCCAGCUGACAGGAGACAGCGCUCAUUCCUCAUUUAUUUUCUUCACUUUCUUGUUAUACUGAAGUCUAUUAAUAGUAUAUUCACAAAAUGUUGUACUUCUUUUCUAAAAUGAUUACUUCAAAAUAUUUGCACGUUACACUGAAUUGCGAAUUCAAUAAUUUUUAAGAUAAACACAAAUCUAUCUGCAUAACAAAUAUAUUUUGCGGAAUCAAAAGUUGUAACAUGGAUUUUUUUCGUUUUAUUGUUUAAUUUCACUUAAUGUAGAUUAUUUAGCCUUUUUUAUUUAUAGGGAUUCUAUAAAUAUGCAAAAGACUGUUCUUAAUCUUGAAAUCGUUUACAUUGUUUUUUUUCAAGCUGCAAUUAUUAAUUUUCUUCGAUGUGACUUUAUUUCAUUAUAACGAGUAUCAUUUAUGCUAUGAAAUGAAAUGUUUAUAAAUCAAUAACGCUUGAUAACAACGAUUAAUUACAAUUCAAUUCAAUCACUAACAAAUAAUUUUUAAUAUAACAAUUGAGGAUUAACAAAGUACAAUUUCUAUCGAAUUUUAUCGCACCUACCAGUGUUCUUUAAUAUUCCGUAAUUUCUUGUUUAGCGACUUAAUCCCAUCCUACUCCCACAAAUAUUAAAAAGGUUAAAGUUUGUGUAUAUGUUUGUUACAUCUACAAGCUUAAAUGGCUGCGCCAAUUAUGAAGUUUUGUAUUGAGGUAGCUAAUACCUUAGAUACUAACUUACUUAAACACGAAAAUACGCAAUUUCCGUAGAAUUUGGUCAAAAAGUCAAGGGCGCUUUAAAGUAGAUGGCGCUAUUGUGCAUAAAAACUAGGUAAGUGUUUUAUUUUUCAUAAUUACACGGCUAACACCGUUAGGUGCAGCUAGUAUUUAUUGUAUGCGGUAGAACCUUAAGUAUGAUUUGUUAACACUUGCUGUAUUUUUUUAUAUAUAUUAAAAUAAGGAUUUUUACUUAAACUAAACUAUGAUCCUGGAAUGUUGUUCUUACAGUGACUUUACAAAAUCUAUAAUAAUAUGCACUUCAAUGGUAUCCUACUUAGGUUAAGAUUAUAUGUUAGGAUUUAUUAUAAAUUUCGCUAAGUGAACUUUUGAUUAGACGACACAAAUUAAUUUAUGUACAAUACGUCUUGUUUGUUUUGUUCAUCAGUCUAUAUUUUAUAUGAACGGUUUUCGAAUAUUUUACUAUAAAUUAGGAAUAGUCUGAUUAUGCGUUGUUUUUUUUUUAACUAAAAAAGAUACUGCAUUAUUAACCUAUUCCUCUCAGAGCACAUACAUUUUUAUGGUACCAUAGACAUUUCGUUUCCACUUUAUUAUAAUGACUUAAAAUGAAUAUUAAUUACAUAAAUGUUUUGUCCCUUUCAUUCGGAUAUUUAUUUUAACGAGGAAAAAUUAACUAACAUACAUGGAAUUAGUAGGUACUCCGAGUACUUAUUAAAUCCAUGCUAUAAUACGAUUAUAAAAAGACAGAUGACAAUAAAAAAAGUCGUCAUACUUUCCUUUUCAAGUCAGGUUACACUAUGGAAUUAGUAGGGACUCCACCGAAGUACUUAUUAAAUCCAUGGGUUACACACUGAACUUGAUAUUAUAACAUAUUAUAUUCCCUGUCAAUCUCAACCUUGACGUUGGCAAAAUCAUCGUUUUGGCGAACGAGGGAGCCAUGACACUUAAAAACAUCAUUGCAAUGUUGUACGAUACAAAUAUUAUGAUCCAUCUGUCUUAAAAUGCAAACAUCGUAUUUUGGAAAUUCCAAUUUUUAUUUGAAACUGAAUACACAAAUCAAGUCAUAUGCAUAAAACAGCAAUUGAAUCUACAUUUCUGAAAUGAUCCGAAUAAUUACCGAACAAAUUUCAGAUCAUUUUAAAACUUAAACAUGUGAAACAACGACAUUGCGAUAUGUGUUUAUAUUUCUUAAUUUUAAAAAUGCUGGGCACGUUUGACUUUAGUCUUUUUUUUAAUUAUACUUACUUGAGUAACAUUAUUAAUUAGUUGUAAUAUUGUAAUGUAAUAGAAUAUGAUAUAACAUUUUGGUUUUUCAGGUAAGAUUGUCUAUAUUGAAAAAAUAAAAUAAAAAUUCUUAUACGUAUGAGACGAUCUCAUGUUUUCGAUAGGUAUUUAUGACAUAAGCAUUAAUUAUUUCAUUACACAAAUAAUAUAACAUUCGAUUAAAAUGUUCAGCCGUUUUUUAUCACGGUUGUGAUUGUGAGGUAGCAAUAGAAUUUGUUUAAUUUUAAUUAAGCUAACUAUAACUGAGCAAUGCCAGUUUCUUUUGUGAUUAUAAUAGUUUAACUUUUAUUUUUGUGGAAACUAACCCUAUAAGGGAUAAUUAUAGUAAAUUUAGAUUUAGUUUAUUUCACAGUGUAUCAAAAUAAAUCAUCAUAAAUUUA